AUAUUGAUAAGGAUGAAGAGAAAUUGUUUGAAGAUUCAUUGCUUAAAGAACUUUCUAAAGAUAUUAAAGAUCUCAAUUUUUCUGGCCCAAUGCAAAUAAAAGAGUAUCUAGGUAUUCUUGAUGAAAAUGUUGUCUACAAAGUUCCUGAUAAUAAUCAAAUUAUUUCAAAUCUCAUAGAAAUAUUUAGAGAGAGACCUGAUAAAAUAGAAGAUGAAGAUCCAGAAGGGCAGAUGAUAGUGUUAAAAAAGAAAUCGUAA